CCAAAUCCAUUCACAAACCGUCCAAAUCCGAACUGUCAACACGUGGUGAAUAACGAACAGCUUUCAGAUCGAGAAAUUUCCAAAAACUCUCAACUCUCUCUUUCUCUCUCGAUACCUAAAAUUCUUCCCAAUUGAAGAUACGAAAAUGUGGAAAUUCAAAGCCCUAAUUGUGAUAACCCUAGGGUUAAUAAUGACACCCAUCGUUGAGUCCAUGCGAUUCGACCUUCAAUCGGGUACCACCAAAUGCAUUACAGAGGACAUCAAGAACAAUGCAAUGACUGUGGGUAAGUACAGCGUUGUUAAUCCCAAUGAAGGCCAUCCAAUGCCUGACAAUCACAAGAUCACCGUCAGGGUUACAUCACCCCAUGGGAACAAUUAUCAUUAUGGUGAUCAUGUGGAGUCUGGUACCUUUGCGUUUACCGCACCCGAGGCUGGUGAUUAUAUGGCGUGUUUUUGGGCAGCUGAUCACAAGCCGGUGAUGAUAUUGUCUAUUGAAUUUGAUUGGAAGUCUGGUGUUGCUGCUAGGGAUUGGUCAAAGGUUGCUAAGAAAGGACAGAUUGAAGUGAUGGAACUCGAGUUGAAGAGAUUGUACGAAACUGUCACGUCCAUUCACGAUGAGAUGUUUUAUCUUCGUGAAAGGGAGGAGGAAAUGCAACAGCUAAAUAGAGCAACUACUUCGAAGAUGGCCACCUUUAGUUUCCUUUCCCUUCUGGUUUGCUUGUCGGUGGCUGGUCUGCAACUAUGGCAUUUGAAGACAUUCUUUGAGAGGAAGAAGCUCCUCUAAGUUUUUCUCUAGAGGUUUACAUUUCCCACGUUUGGCUUUCACUUUCGGCAUUUGGUUACUUUCUUUGAGAGAAUGAGCUGGUCUUGCUUUUUUGCCUUCUGAGAGUUCUACAAAUCCGUUCUGGCUUUAUUGUGAUUGCAUUUAACUACUCUUUUUUUUCCCUUUCAAAGAUCAUAAAAUAGAGACUCCUGUGUAUCACUUGGUUUCCAGUCAAUACUGGAAGCAAACUAGAUGCUGAAAAUGGUUUUUGAAAAUUUAUGCUUGUCCCA